AUGGGCGGCGGAAGCGGUCUUCUGAUCAAUUCGAAUCGACGUGGCGGCGGCGGAUCGGAUUUCGGAUGCGACGGAUGGUUUUGUGAUGUGCUCAACGCGGCGAUGACCGUUCUCGUCAUUUUGGUAAGUGGCGGCCUAGAAAACUCUGCAAGUACACGUGGCCUAGCAUUUUCAAAAAGUUAAAUCAUGUUUUCAUUGUCUAGAAAUUUCUGGCCACCUCUAAUUUUUACAAUUUUUACACACUUGCAACUUCCUUUCUUCUGCCUUUUCGGCUCUCCAGCCGGAUGGCCUAACUUUCCCAGGCCAUCUCAUCCAAUUGUUUCGCAGAUUUUUGCCACCGCGUUCCUCGGCUGUUUCCGAUCGUGCUUCAAAAAGACGCGACGAGAAGGCCGUUCGAAGUCGAGAAGAGCAUCCUCAUCGGAAGUGCCGGGCGCUCCGGAAGCCGUUGCGCAGCUCGUUUCGGCGCCGUGCCACGUUUCGGUCGAGAGUCCGCCCGACUACAACGAAUCCGACAACUUGCCGCCCACGUACUCGUCACUCAGGUUUCUAUUAUAGUCCACGGAACCCCAGCUUUCCAAUAAAAAAUUCCCUUGGCGCAAUUCAGGUGCGCUAAACAAGGCGCGUAACGCGUAAUUUCGGAGCGUCGUUGUAGAGUUUCUCAUUUCAAUUUUCCCUUUUUUUGCAUUAUUCCCAUCUUUUCAGAACGAAUCAGUGUCAAAACUUAUGAUAAUGAUUGGAAAUGAAUAAAAAAUGAAAUUUUAACUGCUUCGUCGUCAAUUUCGAAACGUUUUAUGUGAAAAUUACAUAAUUUUUUUCCUGUUGGAAUCGAAAAUUUGCCUCAAUUAUCUCAAUUCUGUAUAUUUUUCGACGGUUGAGCGCUUAAAAGAUGCGCAAUAAACUCCUUGUUGAGUGUCCGAACUCGAUUCGGCAAAUGAUCGUUAAAACUCUGUUUUUUUUCAGUAUUUUUCGACAAAAUCCCUCAAUUUGGUCAAUUCUGAACGAAUCUGCUCCGUUUCGCACUUAAAUCGAUGAUUUUAACUCACACAAUCGCCCCACGGUUCGCAAAGAACUAAAUUUGAGUGUUUAUUAAGAGAAAAACGAAAGAAUUCUGGGUUUUAAUUGAAAAAAGAAACUCCGAGCCGACGGUGGAUGAAAGCGCGCCCCAUUGACAACUUGCUUGCGCAUUGGAAUGCUGGGGUUGCGUGUAGUCCUCACCUUUGAACACUACUAUUGUUUCUCCCAUACUUUUUUUCAGACUCGACCAACUUCCUUGA